AUGGCAAGACAAGGGUACUCUCUCUCAUGUAUGCAGUGCGUUGAAACUGGCAGUUCCUGUUCAGGUAGCAGCGUAAGUUGUGGAUCUGGCGAACAUUGUGGGUCAACAUACGGUGUUACUACGUUUACAGGUGGAGCUGAGGUUAAAUUUUUUACCAGAUCAUGCAUUCCAGCAAGUGAAUGUAAUGCUAAUGGAGGUUUCAGUAAUCCAUAUAUCCAAGUCAAAUUAUCAAGCAGUUGUUGUAGCACUGACAAUUGCACUCCAAUAACACCCAUUUUACCAACUGGUAGCACCCAACCAAAUGGACUGACCUGUAGAUCCUGUUUCUCUGCAACCUCUGACUGGUGUUACACUGAGGAUACUAUGUCAUGUACUGGAGAUGAGGACAGGUGUAUUUUGCAAUCUACAAAUGUAGCAGGCAAUGUGAAUGCAACCUCGCGGGACUGUUAA